AUGGGUGUUGACAUCAGCAGUGAAUCUAUCUCAGGUGGUAUUGACAAUUCUAGCAGUCUCUUCCAUCUUCAAAAUCUUCAAAACCUCAAUUUGGCAUACAACUACCUUGGCGACGGCUCAUCAAUUCCAUCAGCAUUCGGGAAGCUCGUGAACUUGAGGUAUCUGAAUUUAUCUCACAAUUAUUAUUCAGGGAAAAUUCCCAUUGAGAUUUCACGCUUGACGAGGUUGGUAGUUCUUGAUAUUUCUAAAUGGUCUUCCUUCCUUGAGGGGGGUCCCCUUGAGAUCCCAACUUUACACAUGCUAGUCGAGAACCUCACAAAGCUUAGUGAGUUGUAUCUUGAUUCUGUCCAAAUAUCAGCAGGGGGGAGUGGGUGGUGCCAAGCCAUAUCAUCUUCCCUUCCCAACCUUAGGGUGUUGAGCUUGUCCGAUUGUAAUCUUUCUGGCCCUUUCCACCAUUCUCUUUCUAGGCUUCAAUCCCUCUCUGUGAUUCAAUUGGACUCGAACAACAUCUCCACUCCAGUUCCAACAUUCUUUGCCAACUUUUCAAACUUGACAUUCCUGAGUCUCAAAUUUUGUAAUCUGCAAGGAACAUUUCCGAAAGAAAUCUUUCAGUUACCUUCUCUCCGUAAGAUUAGCCUUACCGAAAAUGGAGACCUUGAUGGUUCCUUGCCAGAAUUUCCAACAAAUGGAUCUCUUCAGGACCUGGAUCUAUGGGGUACUAAUUUUUCAGGGGUAUUACCAAACUCUAUUGGCAACCUCAAGAUGUUGUCCACAAUUAAUAUCGGAGCCUGUAAUUUCACAGGAUCAAUCCCCAAGUCGAUGGCAAACCUUACGCAAUUGGUUUUCUUGCGGAUGGAUGGAAACAAGUUUGAAGGUUCAAUUCCGUCAUUCAGCGGGGCCAAGAAUCUAGAGUACAUAGACCUCUAUUCAAAUGGUCUAACAGGUAAUAUUAAUUGCAUCCCCUGGAAAAACUUUUCUAACCUAUACUAUCUCGACUUAAGUGAAAAUAUGCUCAAUGGGAAUAUUCCAUCAGCUAUGUUUUCUCUUCCCUCGCUAGAGACUCUAUAUCUUUAUGAUAACCAAUUCUCUGGUCAUUUUCCUGAAAUUUCUAAUAUCUCAUCAUACUUUCUCAAAAAUAUUCAUUUGAGUAUGAAUAAUCUGGAAGGGCCAAUACCCAUGUCUAUCUUUGACUGUCAGGGUCUUGAACUUCUUGAUCUUUCUUCAAACAAUUUCAGUGGCUCAUUUCUUCUAGAUAGUCUUCAGCAUCUCAGAAAUCUUUAUUCUCUUUAUCUUUCACACAAUAGCUUGUCUCUUAGCCAUGAUGCUACCAAUUACUCACGCUCCUAUUUUCCUCAAUUUCAAUUCUUGGGGUUGGCUUCAGGAAAGUUAAGAACAUUCCCUCAUUUCUUGAGAAAUCAAUCUCAAUUGGUGAAUUUGGUUCUUUCCGAUAACCAAAUACAGGGCAAUAUACCCAACUGGAUUUGGAGGUUCAGGGAUCUCACGUACCUAAAUCUUUCAUGUAACUCUCUAGAAACUCUAGAAGGUACAAUCAAUCUCACUUCUCUAGAUACCCUUGACCUUCAUUCUAACCAGCUCCAUGGGAAAAUCCCAAUUUCAUUGUCACCUAACAUGAAUUAUCUAGAUUACUCUAGGAAUAACUUCAACUCUACCAUACCGACUGCCAUUGAAGAUCUGGUUCCUAACGCUCGAUUCUUCUCUAUUGCAAGCAACAACCUUCAAGGGAUCAUUCCAAGAUCAAUAUGCAAUUCACAUAAACUUGAGAUUCUUGAUAUGUCCAAUAAUUCCUUGAGUGGAACGGUUCCUCACUGCUUGACUACAAUGAGCACCCUUUCAGUACUGAAUCUAAGGAGAAACAAUCUUAGAAAUGUAGCCAAGUUGUCUGUCAAUUGCGGUUUGCAAACGCUAGACAUUAGUGAUAAUCAAAUACAAGGUCAGUUGCCAAAAUCACUCGUCAGCUGUCAACAGUUACAAGUUCUAAACGUUGGAAAUAAUCAAAUAACAGGUCCAUUUCCAUGCUUUAUUAAGAUCAUAUCUACCUUGCGUGUCAUAGUCUUGCGAUCCAAUAAGUUUUAUGGAGGCGUUGGAUGUCCCAAGACUGAUGGCACUUGGCCAAUGCUUCAAAUUAUAGACCUAGCUCACAACAAUUUUAGUGGAAAAGUACCAGGGAGAGCUUUGACAACUUGGCUAGCAAUGAUGGCUAAUGAAGAUGAUGCCUCAUCAAAGCUCAAGUACCUUCAAUUUCAACACAAUGGAACUGGUAGGAUUUAUUAUCAAGAUACAAUUACUGUUACCAACAAAGGUCAAGAGAUGGAGUUGGAAAAAAUACUUACAAUCUUCACCUCUAUAGACUUCUCAAACAACAGGUUCACUGGAUCUAUACCUGAUGAAAUUGGAGAACUCAAAUCACUACAUGUCCUCGACUUCUCAAACAAUGAUUUCAGAGGUGCAAUUCCAUCAUCAUUAAGCAACUUGAGUCAGCUAGAAUCGUUAGACCUCUCACAUAACACAUUGAGUGGUCAAAUUCCACUACAGCUUACAAAACUCACUUUCCUUUCAUUCUUGAAUCUCUCAAACAAUCAACUCGAGGGCAGAAUUCCGAGCAGUAAUCAAUUUUCAACAUUUCCAAAAUCUUCCUUUGAAGGAAACAAAGGUUUGUUCGGGCCUCCCUUGACUGAAGAAAACAAAACAAGGUUGUCACCUUCGGAACCUGAAAAAAAUCAUCCAAAUUCUGGAGAUGAGAUUGAUUGGAAUGUCAUCAGUGUUGAGAUUGGAUUCACAUGUGGGUUGGGAAUUGCCAUCGGAUCACUUUUGUUUUGCAAGAGAUGGAGGAUAUGGUAUUACAAAACUAUGUAUAGAAUUCUUGUGAGGGUAUUUCCUCAGUUGGAACAGAGGUUUGAGAAUGUGAGUGUGACUCUCUACUACGAGACGCUGUGUCCUUAUUGUGCCGAUUUCAUAGUGAACAAUUUGUCCAAGAUCUUCGACAAUGGGCUCAUCUCCGUCGUCAAUCUCAUAAUGGUCCCUUGGGGCAACACUUGGCUCAAUUCCGAUGGCUCCUUCGCCUGCCAGCAUGGAACAAAUGAAUGUCUGCUCAACACAAUUGAGGCCUGCACCAUCACCAUCUAUCCUAAUGUGAAUCGGCAUUUUAGAUUCAUCCACUGCGUUCAGCGGCUCACAUUGCAGAACAAGCACGGAAAAUGGGCCGAUUGCUUUGAAAUGUUGAAGUUGGGGACUGUUCCUAUCAAUUGCUAUAACAGUGGAUAUGGCAAUCAGAUUGAAACAAAAUAUGCAAAGGAAAUUGCUCAACUUAAUCCACCACAUAGAUUUGUGCCAUGGCUGGUUGUCAAUAAUAAACCACUUGCAGAGAACUAUGAUAAAUUCAUGACCUACAUCUGUAAAGCAUACAAAGGAAAAUCUCCAGAAGCUUACAGAUUGAUCCACUCCAAGACUAAAUCAAUUGGGAAUGAAAGAUCUAUUCCUCAAGUUUUCUUAGCAGAACAAGGAAGAAACUCUACAUCUUAA